AUGGCUUCUCCAGAUGCUGAGAUGGCCGCCUUUGGGGAGGCCGCUCCUUACCUCCGAAAGUCAGAGAAGGAAAGAAUCGAGGCCCAGAACAAACCUUUUGAUGCCAAGACAUCAGUCUUUGUGGUGCAUCCCAAAGAAUCCUUUGUGAAAGGGACAAUCCAAAGCAAAGAAGCAGGGAAGGUCACCGUCAAGACUGAAGGGGGAGAGACUCUGACUGUGAAGGAAGAUCAGGUCUUCUCCAUGAACCCUCCCAAGUAUGAUAAAAUUGAGGACAUGGCCAUGAUGACCCACCUCCACGAGCCCGCUGUGCUGUACAACCUCAAAGAGCGUUAUGCAGCCUGGAUGAUCUACACCUACUCGGGCCUCUUCUGUGUCACUGUCAACCCCUACAAGUGGCUGCCGGUGUACAACCCGGAGGUGGUGUUGGCCUACCGAGGCAAAAAGCGCCAGGAGGCCCCUCCACACAUCUUCUCCAUCUCUGACAACGCCUAUCAGUUCAUGCUGACUGACCGUGAGAAUCAGUCUAUUCUGAUCACUGGAGAAUCUGGUGCAGGGAAGACUGUGAACACGAAACGUGUCAUCCAGUACUUUGCAACAAUUGCAGCUAGUGGGGAGAAGAAGAAGGAGGAGCAGCCUGGCAAAAUGCAGGGAACGCUUGAGGAUCAAAUCAUCAGCGCCAACCCCCUGCUGGAGGCCUUUGGAAAUGCCAAGACCGUGAGGAAUGACAACUCCUCACGCUUUGGUAAAUUCAUCAGAAUCCAUUUUGGGGCCACAGGCAAACUGGCUUCUGCUGACAUUGAAACUUAUCUGCUAGAGAAGUCCAGAGUCACCUUCCAGCUCCCGGCAGAAAGAAGCUACCACAUUUUUUAUCAGAUCAUGUCCAACAAGAAACCAGAGCUAAUUGACAUGCUUCUUAUUACCACCAACCCAUAUGAUUACCACUAUGUGAGUCAAGGCGAGAUCACUGUUCCCAGCAUUGAUGACCAAGAGGAGCUUAUGGCUACAGAUAGUGCCAUUGACAUCCUGGGCUUCACUGCUGAUGAAAAGACCGCCAUCUACAAGCUGACAGGAGCUGUCAUGCACUAUGGGAAUUUGAAGUUCAAGCAGAAACAACGAGAGGAGCAGGCAGAGCCGGAUGGCACAGAAGUGGCUGAUAAGGCUGCCUACCUCAUGGGCCUGAACUCAGCUGAAUUGCUCAAAGCCCUGUGUUAUCCUCGAGUGAAGGUUGGGAAUGAAUUCGUGACCAAAGGUCAAACUGUGUCACAGGUGCACAAUUCAGUAGGUGCUCUGGCAAAGGCUGUCUAUGAGAAGAUGUUCUUGUGGAUGGUUAUUCGUAUCAACCAACAGCUGGAUACCAAGCAGCCCAGGCAGUACUUCAUUGGUGUCCUGGACAUUGCUGGCUUUGAGAUCUUUGAUUUCAACAGCUUUGAGCAGCUGUGCAUCAACUUCACCAAUGAGAAACUGCAACAGUUCUUCAACCACCACAUGUUCGUGUUGGAACAGGAGGAGUACAAGAAGGAAGGCAUUGAAUGGGAAUUCAUUGACUUUGGGAUGGACCUGGCUGCUUGCAUUGAACUCAUUGAAAAGCCUAUGGGCAUCUUCUCCAUCCUGGAAGAGGAGUGCAUGUUCCCCAAGGCAACUGACACCUCUUUCAAGAACAAGCUCUAUGACCAGCAUCUGGGCAAGUCCAACAACUUCCAGAAGCCCAAGCCUGCCAAAGGCAAGGCUGAGGCCCACUUCUCCCUUGUGCACUACGCUGGCACAGUGGACUACAACAUCUCUGGCUGGCUUGAGAAGAACAAGGACCCCCUGAAUGAAACUGUCAUUGGGCUGUACCAGAAAUCAUCUGUGAAGACACUGGCCUUACUGUUUGCCACCUAUGGUGGAGAAGCUGAGGGUGGUGGUGGCAAAAAGGGUGGCAAGAAGAAGGGUUCUUCUUUCCAGACAGUCUCAGCUCUUUUCCGUGAGAAUUUAAACAAGUUGAUGGCUAACUUGAGAAGCACUCACCCCCAUUUUGUACGCUGCAUCAUCCCAAAUGAAACAAAAACACCUGGUGCCAUGGAACAUGAGCUGGUGCUGCACCAGCUGCGAUGCAAUGGUGUGCUAGAAGGCAUCAGGAUUUGCAGGAAAGGAUUCCCCAGCAGAGUCCUUUAUGCUGACUUCAAACAGAGAUACAGAGUACUUAAUGCGAGUGCUAUCCCAGAGGGACAAUUCAUGGAUAGCAAGAAGGCUUCUGAGAAGCUCCUUGGGUCCAUUGAUGUGGACCACACCCAGUACAGAUUUGGUCACACCAAGGUGUUCUUCAAAGCUGGGCUGCUGGGACUCCUGGAGGAGAUGAGAGAUGAUAAGCUGGCUGAAAUCAUCACUCGCACACAAGCCAGAUGCAGGGGCUUCCUGAUGAGAGUGGAGUACCGCAGAAUGGUGGAAAGGAGGGAGUCCAUCUUCUGCAUCCAGUACAAUGUUCGUUCAUUCAUGAAUGUGAAGCACUGGCCUUGGAUGAAGCUGUUCUUCAAGAUCAAGCCCCUGCUGAAGAGCGCAGAGUCUGAGAAAGAAAUGGCCAACAUGAAGGAAGAGUUUGAGAAGACCAAGGAAGAGCUGGCAAAAUCUGAGGCAAAGAGAAAGGAGCUGGAGGAGAAAAUGGUGGUCCUAUUGCAGGAGAAAAAUGAUCUCCAGCUCCAAGUGCAGGCGGAAGCAGAUAGCUUGGCUGAUGCCGAGGAAAGAUGUGACCAGCUCAUCAAAACCAAAAUCCAGCUGGAAGCCAAAAUUAAGGAGGUGACUGAACGUGCUGAGGAUGAAGAGGA